AUGUCUUCCCCAAGAAAGAUCACUCUCAAGAGCUCCGACGGCGAAGCCUUUGAGGUUGACGAGGCGGUGGCUUUGGAGUCGCAAACAAUCAAGCAUAUGAUCGAAGAUGAUUGUGCAGACAGCGGAAUUCCCCUUCCGAACGUUACGAGCAAGAUCCUUGCUAAGGUGAUUGAAUACUGCAAGAAACACGUUGAUGCGGUGAGUUCUGAUGAAAAGCCCUCUGAAGAUGAACUUAAGGCGUGGGAUGCAGAGUUCGUGAAGGUUGACCAGGCAACGCUGUUCGAUCUCAUCCUGGCUGCAAACUAUUUGAACAUCAAGAGCCUUCUUGAUCUGACAUGCCAGACGGUAGCUGAUAUGAUCAAGGGAAAGACACCAGAGGAAAUCCGCAAGACUUUUAACAUUAAGAAUGACUUUAGUCCUGAGGAAGAGGAGGAAGUCCGCAGGGAAAACCAGUGGGCAUUUGAAUGA